GAGUCAUCUUAGUGAAAGACAAGAGGGAGAGGGCUGGGGUCGGAAAGUUGAGGGGGCUUGUGCGCAUGUGCGUGUGUGCUGAAGCCAUGAUGUCAUGAGGCCCGAGAAGUGGGGUCAGCUGUGUGGGCCCGAGUGGGGUGCUGCGGUGUCCACGCGGAGCGCGCAAGGUUGAAGGGCUGACGUCACGGGUUGGCGGGGGCGGGGCCUCGAAUGCAGGGUCGGGAAGCUGAGGCGGAGAAGAGGAGCCAGGAAGAGUCUUGGGACUGGAAUGAAACCAGCAACCAGGAUGGGCCACUGGUCACAGAGCAAGGAUGAAGGAUACAGCGACACUGGCCAUGGACCAGCCAGCCGGCCUGCAGGUGGACUAUGUCUUCCGGGGUGUGGAGCAUGCCGUGCGGGUGGUGGUGUCUGGGCAGGUGCUGGAGCUGGAGGUGGAGGACCGGAUGACGGCUGACCAGUGGCGGGGCGAGUUCGAUGCCAGCUUCAUUGAAGAUCUGACUCACAAGACAGGGAACUUCAAACAGUUCAACAUCUUCUGUAACAUGCUGGAGUCGGCUCUCACCCAGAGCAGUGAGUCGGUCACCCUUGACCUGCUGACCUACACAGACCUGGAGUCCCUGCGGAAUCGCAAGAUGGGGGGCCGCCCAGGCCCUUUGGCCUCAAGAUCAGCCCAGCUCAACUCCAAGCGCUACCUGAUCCUCAUCUACUCUGUGGAGUUUGACAGGAUUCACUACCCGCUGCCCCUCCCAUACCAGGGCAAGCCGGACCCUGUGGUCCUGCAGGGCAUCAUCCGCUCACUGAAGGAGGAGCUGGGCCGCCUUCGAGGGCUGGACGGCCAGGAUGCUCGGGACACCCGGGAGACUGAGAUCUGGCACCUGAGGGAACAGGUUUCACGCCUGGCAUCGGAGAAGCGCGAGCUGGAGGCCCAGCUGGGCCGAUCUCGAGAGGAGGCUCUGGCCGGGAGGGCGGCGCGCCAGGAGGCUGAGGCGCUGCGUGGGCUCGUCCGCGGCCUGGAGCUGGAGCUUCGGCAAGAGCGGGGCCUCGGACACCGCGGGGUCGGCCGCCGCAGCCAGGAUUGCCGGCGCCUGGCCAAGGAGCUGGAGGAGGUGAAGGCGUCGGAGCGUAGCCUGCGCGCCCGGCUGAGGACCGUGAACAGCGAGCUGGCGGUGUACAAGAGGGGGAGACAGACUCCGCCGGUGGUGCCGCCCCGGGUGCGGGAGGAUCGGGCUUCGUCGUCGCGGGAGCGCUCCACAUCUCGUGGUCGCGGUGCCGCCCGCUCUUCUUCCCGGGAGAGCGGUCGGGGGAGCCGGGGUCGAGGCCGCCCCGUCCGCCCCUCGCCUUCACCCACAGGUGGUCGCGUGCCCCGUUUCGACCCCACGGCCUUUGUGAAAGCCAAGGAGAAGAAGCAGAGAGAGAUCAAGAUGAAGCAGCAGCAGCAGCGGAACCGACGGGGCAGCGGAGGAAGCGGCGACGGGCCGUCCGUCUCCUGGUCGCGCCAGACUCGGCCGCCCGCCGCCGUGACCGGCCGAGGGGACGCGGCCAACCGCUCGCGACACCGCAGCUCCUCGGUGGACAGUCUCCGCAGCCGCUGCUCGUCCGCCAGCUCCUGCAGCGAGUUGGAGGAUUUCUCUGAAUCCCUCCCUAGAGGCGUUCGCCGCGGGAAGCCUCCCAGCCCCACAACCUGGAGUGGGUCCAAUACGCAAAAGUCCACCCCUCUGGAUCGCGGCCGCCGUCAGAGACGCCCGGCUAAUUCGGGGGGCUGGGUCCCUAUCAAAGAGUACAGCUCGGACCACCAGGCAGCGGACAUGGCGGAAAUAGACGCCCGCCUGAAGGCCUUGCAGGAAUACAUGAACCGUCUGGACACAAGGUCGUGACCUUGGGCAGGGAGUACUGCCCCUCCACCCCCCCACCCAC